AAGUGGAAAAAAUGGUUCAUCUUUGGAGAUGUCUACAAUAUCGUGGUGUCAAUCCUUGUUCGAGCGCUUUGGAACGGGUUUUGAGGUUCGCAGGGAACAGCGGCUGUGAUCAAUCCUCUAGAAGCACCCAUACAGACAGCAACAAGACCUCACAACUUUGGUUCGACCUCGAUAAACUUGAAACAAUGAAUCGGCGAGAGCUACAACAGAUUUGCAAGAAAUGUGGUAUAAAAGCCAACAACAAAACUUCGAUUCUUGUUAGUGAUUUGAAGGAAUUUCACUCGCUUCAACUCACGAACCCGAAUUCAGUUCUGCGCUUCCCUUUCAUAGCUCAAACUAAUUCUGCAAAUUUUACCCCGGUAAAGGGUGACAAAAAGUAUUUUCUUCCAACUGGACUGAAGCUAGAUAAAAAUAAUAUCUUAUUUAGCUCUACCGAGUCCCCUGGUCAGUGGAUAAGUGGGGAGGUGAAAAAACUACACAAAGCUGUGAAAUCAAAAGGAAUUAUCACCAAGACUGUGGGAGAGUACAAAGGUACAACAGAUAAAACAAAACAAGGGGAAUUUCCAGUUAAAGGAGACAUGUAUUUGGCUAAAAAUGCUAGUGUUUCAGCCAUUUUGAAUAGUGCAUCAAACAGGUUCAUGAUUGCCAUUUGGCAGAAACAACAGAUAGAAAAGAUGGGCGAGGAAAUGUUUAAUGAGUACAGAAAUUUAUUAGCAAAAAGUGGUAAAAAAUUUCACUCAUGCAUGACAGACAUUCUCCACAAAAAGACUGAGGAGACAGGGGAGUUUCCAGAACUUGUUUCAAGCUUGAUUAAAAGUGUCUCAAAAACUGGGAUUUUAAAGCUUCUUACAAAGGAUAAAGUGCUGGCCACAGAGGAGUAUGUAACACACUCUUCUAUUGGUUAUUCAGGCACUUUUGAUGGACUAGCCAUAUAUAAUGGGGUACCUUGUCUGAUCGAAUGGAAAACAUCACAAAACCCCAGACCAACACUGGAUAGUUGUUUUGAUGCUCCAUUUCAAGUGGUGGCCUAUGCAGGGGCUAUCAAUUCUCAUCCUGUUAUGAGGAUUCCUGUCACAAGUUGUUUGAUUGUUGUUGCUCAUCAUGAUGGCUCAGAGGCAGAUGUUCAUUGGAUGGACUUAGAUACCUGUGAGAAAUUCUGGCAAAAGUGGCUGAUUAAAGUGUUGAAGUACAAAGAAAAAGUAGAAAGUGUUUCAGGGAAAAGUGAUGCCUCUUGAAACAAUAUCAAUGUGUUGGUUCUACCAUACCUGAGAUUCGAAAUUGAUCGGGUACUAUCUUCCAGCACUUUCCUGUUUUCAGGAAGAAUGAAACAAAACUCAUCAGUGUAUACAUUAAUGCAAGAUUUAUUUAAAUCAUUCACCCAUAUACUUCUUACUUCCUUUGCCCAGUGGAGGAAGAUGUAGUAACUUAAGGUUAAGGGAGGUCAUAAAUAUUACCUCCCCCUUGGUUAGAACCUCACUCUGUACAUUACAAGUAACUCCUACCCUCAACACAUUUCUUAGCAAUCUGUUAUACUUUAUGAGACCCCUUUUUGUGGUACUUCUGGAUCAGAAAAAAAUUGAUCAGGUAAAACUGUGUACACUGACCUUUUGACCUGACCUUGUGACCCAAUCUAAGGUUCCAACGCAGAGCUCUCCUUCCAAGCAAACCUGAGUCCAGAAUACUACUGCAUAUUUCAUUUGUUGCUAGGGCUGGAGGAGAUUUUUGCUCCAGAGGCCAUAUUUUUUCUAUCUCUAUUAAAAUUAUGUUGGAAGGUUCA